AUGGACCGGCUGCGCCGCCCGGAGUCCUUUGAUGAUGUGCACGCGGAGGGGCUCUUCCGCGGCACGACGGCGCUGCAGAUCCUCCAGAACAGGGGCAUCAUCUUCGCCCAUGGUUUGGAAGGCCUCCUGGGCGCGGGUGGCUUCCGUCCGCAAAAGAUUCCCACCAAGCAGGAGGUGCUGGAAGCAGGAGCACGCAUCUUCGACAACACCUCCUGCGCCGAACACGUGAACGUCUUCGUCAGUCACUGCUGGGGUUCGAAGCGCUGGGCGAAGUACCUUGCGCUGUGCCUCUAUUUGAACUUUACUGCAGCUGUUGUGUGUGCCUUGGGCACCUGGGUGGCGGCUGUUACAGUCAUGCUCGUAUUCGGCGGGAACUUUGCCACAAGCCACCGAUUCAAUCUCUUGUCGUUCUCCAUCGUGGUUUACCUCCCCACAGCGGUCUUCUUCGUCGUCUUCUUUCUGGGACAUCACGUCCUGCACCGGUUUCGGCCCAUCUCGCUGUGGGUGGACCGGGCAUGCGUCCACCAGACGGACGACGAGCUCAAGCGCCGGCAAAUCCAGGCGCUGCCCGUGUUCGUCGCUCGGUCUUCAUCCAUGCUUGUGUUAUGGGACGAUUCAUACUUCCAGCGGCUUUGGUGCCAGCUAGAGCUUGCGACCUUUGCAAAGUAUGGUGGAGCGGCGAAGGUGCAGUUUCAACCACUUUGGCUGGCUCCCUGGCUGCUUUCCGCACUUGCGCUGGACCUGGCUGUGGCCACGAGUUGGAACAUCAUCUUCUACUGGGUCCCUAAGGCCACCUUGACAUCCACCUCUUCGGCGGUUUUGCCGACGUUGGUGCUGGAGUCGCCCUUCGCUCCCUUGGUCGAAGGUAUGGUCUUUACGACCACAAACGCCAUCGCUCUGGGCGUGUUAGCAUCGAUUCCCUGGACGUACUCCUGCAAGAAGAAGCUGCGAAAUCACGCGCUGAUGCUGGAGCAGAUGGCUGCCUUCGACUGUCGGGCGGCGCAGUGCACCGUGGAGGCGGACAGGAUCUUGGUCGAGCUGCAGGUCCGGCAGCUGUUUUCUUCGCCUGAGAAGGAAGACGAAGCUGACUUGACCAGUUCAUCCCACCCUUUGUCGCCCAGAAGCCUGCCAAGUGUCCACGGGGUCAGCUCUUGUGACUCAAGGGCCCUGGACGAUUUCAAUGCCUUUAUCCGGGGCCCGCUACGUUCAACCGUCUUGGAGAGCGUGGGGGGAGAGAUGCACGUGCCCUACGGCAUGUGCUUGUCAGCCUCUCUGCCUAUGAUCUUCUGGUCUGUUUCGGACAUCUUGCAAUAUUGUCACUGUGGCGUCGGAGAUGGCUUGCGAUCCUGCGCAGCGCCGCUCAUCAUCGGCUGGGUCAUUAACAUCCUGCUGGUACUGCCCAUCGUCUACCCCGUGUUCCUUCGCAUGCUGAAGUGUGCUCUUGCCGUCCGUUCAGAGUGGCUGCAGCUCAUUUUGAGCGCUUUAAGUGGCAUCGUCACCUUUUGCCACAGCUCCAACUGCCAGGGUGUUGCCUUCGUCCUGCCUACACUUGGUGUCCAAGAUACUGCAACCCGCUGGGUUGGCUUCACCUUCUUGGCAUUCCUCCUCUUGCAGAUCAGCUGCCUCUUUGGAAAUUCUGGCAUCUUGCCGGCGCCCGCCGCAGCACCGGAGACUGGAAAUGAUGGUACCUACCGGCGGCUGCAUACCGCAGACACCUGA